AUGUUUUAUUCCCAAGUAGUAUUAACGAAGAAAGGCCCACUUGCGAAGGUAUGGAUAGCUGCGCAUUGGGAAGGGAAGCUUACUAAACAGCAAAUUCUUCAAGUUGACUUACGUGAAGCUGCAAACGCUGUUGCCAAUCCUGAGAUUCCGAUCGCUCUUCGUAUUAGUGGCCACCUUCUUCUUGGCAUCUGUCGAAUUUACACGCGAAAGGUGAAGUAUCUCUUGCAAGACUGCAAUGAUGCGUUGGUCAAGAUCAAAUUGUCCUUCCGCCCUGGUGCGGUAGAUGCGGAGAAAGCGGUAGCUCCCCGGAAUGCCAUUACAAUUCCAACACGUCAGCGCGAUUUCAGCGAAGAGAGCACUGCCGAUGUCAUGAACUUCGCCAACUUAGCGCUUGAUCUUCAAUUGGACGAACAGUUGAAUGCCGCCGAUGUUAUCGAUGCGACGGGAAACUAUACGGCAAAUGCUCAGGACAUUACUAUGCAACAAGAAGUAGGACAAUUGGUGGGAAUGGGAUCAAUGGAUGAGGUCCCAUUAAACACUUUAGACGAACUCUUGAACGACCCAGACGUGUUGAGAACAGCGGAGUCCAUCAUGCCAACAGAACUCAUCCACCCCGUAGACAAAGAACUCAUUGAAACAACUAUGGGCGGUUUGGCUUCCGCCGUCAGCGGAGAGGAGAAUUUGCACGACUCUUUGAACGAACCAAAGGUCUCCCUCUUACCUGAGGUCCCGACCGACCUCUCCGUUUUGCCUGACAAUCAAGAGAUGCCCGAGGUCGAAAUGCCUGUUGGCGAGAUGGAAGUCGAAAUUGGACUGAAUGACAACAAUGCCGGAACAACCGAACUUAAGGGCGACGAAAAAAUAGAAGAAAAAGUCGAUGACAAGAAGAAAAAGGGAAGGAAGGAGAAGAAGAUCAUUGUCGACAAGGCGACCGCCAUAACUAAAAAGAGGUACACGAGAGCUAAGAAUGACACAGAAAGUAUGUUGAGAGACUUUGACUUGGCUCCGGGAAGUAUUGACGAACUCCGAGAGGAGGGAAGAAGACUGAGAGGACGAUGGGAGAAUGUCAACAAGAGAAUUCUCAACUACGUGAAGGAAGCCAACAAGGAUGAGGUUGUUGUUCACGAGAUAAAAGAAGUCGAGGCGAGCCAGAAGGAGAAGACUGAAGAAGCAAAGCGGGAUGAAGAACUGCCACGAGCGAUAGAAGGAGAGGUCAAGCCAAUCAAGAGAAAGUCUCAAGGCUCGCAAGAAAGCUCCGAGGAGAAAAGAAGAGUCGAAGACGUGAUACCAAAUGAGAUUAUGCCAUUGCAAGACGAUAUGCCAGAUGUCAUCAACAACGAUUUCAUGAACGAGCCUCCACUGGAACAACACGAAGACAUUCACGAAAUGAACGAAGAGGAAAAGAAGCAAAAAACGGUCACAGACAGUUGGACAAUGAGAUCGGCGAAAAUACAUAACUUCUUGAAAAAGGCAAUGGGCGACAAGAAGGAGAUGUCGUACAAAACGUUUGUCGAGGGAAAGAGGAGAAAGCCCGUCGUUGGGUGCUUCUUUGAGUUGCUUGUGUUGAAAACACAGGGCGUCAUUGAUCUUGAACAACAGACCCCCUACGACGACAUCGUCAUCAAGCAGACGAAUACUUUCUUGGCGGAUGUCGAAACAGCGGUCUGA